AGUCUUAUCCAGCUGGUCGUACACCGCAGACAGGACAAGACCAUUCGCCACAAGCACAAAGAGUCUCAACUUCCACAGCCCACCAUGCCAAACACCUUUGCCAGUGUACCAAAGCCGGAUAAAGGACAGUGCGUCUCAGCAUAAGAUCAUGUAGAACCAUCAUAAAAUUAAUAUGGAUAUUUUCUAUCAAUCCUCAAAAUCUGUCUGCCUAUAUGAUUUCUCAGAAGAAAUGUAUAUGCUAUACUGGGCUCUGUAGCAUGAAACAGAUGUUAGACAUUCAGAUAUAUCCCCCCAAAAAUGUAUUUGUCAAAAUCUAAAAUACAGGGGAGUGUACAAUAUUUAAUGUUAACUCAAAAAGAGAACUGGGUAUUGAACAAGAAUGUUAUAUAGUAAAAGUAUGAACAGCGUAGUACAGUUCAGUGUGUCUCAGGUGUAGUAAAGUGCAGAGAACUGUAGCUACAGAUUGUUACACCAGAUAAUUUGAUUUAUCCAUUACUGAGAGUUACAGUAUAGGUACUGUUUGGUGUAGCACAGAGAAUAUUCGACCAACCUUAGCAUGGCAAUACUGUCUUCGUCCUCGAAACAGGAGUCUCAUAAAAUGUCUGUGUGCAGUUGCAGGGGGUCCAUUUGAAUUUAGGAAACUUAAAAAUUUGUAACAAGCAUUCGUUGUUACACCCCUGUAAUUACAGACUGCAAUUACCACCAGUUACAUGUUGUUAUUACAGUGUAACUAUGAAUUAUUACAAUUCAUUACAAAACUUGUUACAGUGUAAUAAGGACCCCUUAAAAUGAAGCGUUACCAAAGCUUUGAUACGAGCGUGAUUCACACAAAGGUUAGCAUCAACCUUUUACGGACUGGCUGAGAAUUGCAAGCCCUUAGCUGUUAAUAGUCACAUAGUCACAUAGUCACAGAGCUGACAGAAAGUUUGCUACAGUGCUACUCUUUUAGAUUUGUCAGACUCUGAUUUUUGUUACUGUUGUAAGGACAACAUAGACGUGACAGAUAUGCCGGUGCCGACAGUAUGCCGGUGCAUGCAUGUCCAACCUUUGAGAAAACUGUAGCCAUUGUUUACAUUAUUAAAUCACCUGAGUGAUAUUAGGGCACAUUCAUUAGAAUCCUUGACAACUGUCACUAAAACAUAUAGAGGAAUUGGUCCCACUUUAAACAAAUACAACUUAUAAAGCCUCUAUACACUGAGUAUAAAAAAAACAUUAAGAACACGUGCUCUUUCCAUGACAUAGACCAACCAGGUGAAUCCAGAUGAAAGCUAUGAUCCCUUAUUGACAUCAUUUGUUAAAUCCACUUCAAUCAGUGUAGAUGAAGGGGAGGAGACAGGUUAAAGAUGGAUUUUUAAGCCUUGAGACGAUUGAGACAUGGUUUGUGUAAGUGUGCCAUUCAGAGGAUGAAUGGGCAAGACUAAAGAUUGAAGUGCCUUUGAACGGGGUAUGGUAGUGGGUGCCAGGCACACCGGUUUGUGUCAAGAACUGCAACGCUGCUGUGUUUUUCACGCUCAACCGUUUCCCAUGUGUAUUAAGAAUGGUCCACCACCCAAAGGACAUCCAGCCAACUUGACACAACUGUGGCAAGCAUUGGAGUCAACAUAUGCCAGCAUCCCAGUGGAACGCUUGAGGCUGUUCUGAGGGCAAAAAAGGGGGUAUACUCAGUGUAAAUGCUUCACAAACCACUUAUAAGCGUUUGUCAUACACUAUGACCAACAUGGGCACAUGAACCUCCUCUCUCAACAGGGUACUAUCUCUCCCUAACUAAAAUUAGCCAUUCUUCCCCACACAGAGAAACAUGCAGAGCUACCAGUUCUGCUGCACGCUGGCCAACUUUCGCAUCGAGAAGAUUGGCGGGGCCAGUUCAGCAAGGUGUACAAAGCCACCUACCUUCCAGGUGGCUCUGAAGAAAGUCCAGGUACUGUAAUUAGUCCUUCUUUUUUGGGUGAAUCUCAAUAGUCUAAAGUGGCUUCUUUUCCUUGUAUUCUCUCCUUCAUUUGCACUGAUCUGUAAAACGAUAUGGUGAAUACCUGGUUAUACCAGACAAGCUAUUUGUUUUACCGACAUAGUCCUUUCACAUCAGCGCUGAUUAAGGACUAUUGAGAUACAUCCAAUGGUUGGCAAAGGCUGUGUUCUUCACUUCUGGUCCUGGAAGGCCACAGCUAUUGCAGGUUUUUGUUCCCACCUAUUGCAAGAAAUCACUGAACCAAGUUGGUAAGUGCUUGGAACAGAGGCCUGCACACAGAGGCCUGUUAUGUGUUAAAGAUAGCUGAAGAUUCUGUGGGCUACCUCUGACAAUACAGUCAGAUAACGGUAAUAACUUCUCUGUUCUCCUCUUUAGAUAUUUGAAAUGAUGGACGCCAAGGCUCGCCAGGACUGCAUCAUGGAGAUUGACUUGCUGAAGGUAAAGUUGAUGGAAUGCUUUUUAACUGCCUAAGUCUCUUCAUGGUUUUCUUAUAAUCUGGUUUAACAUUGGGACACACUUGAAAUCAGUAGGUAUAGGUAAGGAAACAUUUUAGAGAUGGGGGUGAGUAGGGCUGUGGCGGUCAUGACAUUUUGUCAGCCGGUGAUUGGUCAAGCAAAUAACUGCAGGUCUCACGGUAAUUGACUGUUAAUUAACAUAAACACAUUUAGCAUCUCCUGGCUUCCACACAUAGCCUACACGCCACUGUUGCAGACCUUUGGACCAUCUACAUUUUAAACAGUCUAAUAAAUCCAUGUAAUAUAACCUUCACCAUCACAAUAAAUCCAUUAUUUAUUUUAGGCAGGUCUAAAGAAACAUGAUAUGAAGAAAAUGUAGUCUAUUUCAGAAGAACAGAAUAGCAUACUCUGCAUUGUCCUUAUGUUAGACCCUGAUCUGGCUAUGCCAUAUGGCUGUGGGCUACACUAGUUCAUUUAGCAGACAAUAUUUGAUUAGAAUUACGUGGCAUUCUUUUAUAGUAUGAAGAAUACAAUUGAACAUAGCUGACUAAAAUAGAAAGGAUAUUUUCUCCAAACGAUUUGAGGGAGUGUGCAUGCAUUGAGCGGUUAACAAAUAAACAGGUACUCCUAUAUGCUUAAUUUAGAGUUAUUUAUGUAACUUUAGUUGUGAUACAAAUGUUGGGCUAUAUGUUCUGAUUUUAUAUACAUUCUAAGGCUGCAUGAGCAAAUCCAAUGAUGAUUUGAAAAAAGUUGCAUGAAAGGCAUAAGCUCUGCUUUGUUUUUUUGCGCAUUACACACUUCAUCAGUCUCGCAUUCACAAUUUGACAAGCACUUGAUAAUGCCUCUAAUUUCCCGGCUGCAUCCCCUUUGUGUGGCCAUAAUCCCCCCAAAGAAAUCCAUGCCUUUUGCAGCAAGUGGCCAUUGUGCCUUUGGGCUGAAUAUAAUAAUUAUAAUUCCCUUCUCCCCGCUGCGUGUCGAAGCACCUCUCACUCACAUGGCUCUCAGUCACGUGAUCGGUUCUUCUCACAGGCUAUAAGUGAAGACAGACACAUUGGGGGCGCAACUGCACGCGUCCUUAUCCAAUUCCGAGGCGCAUAUUGAAGAUAUUGGAAGAACUGUCCACAUUUACUUUUCGUCAGCCAACAAGAUGAGUAGGCCUAGCGAACAGCAAAAGCACUAGCCUAUGUCAAUCUACUGUCCCCGAUAGUACAAAAGUUGACUUAUUCAAUUCUGUGCGAUAAAUAAAUAUUCCAAACAUAGUCCGGGACAGUUGUGGGAUGCGAUAGAUCCCAAAUUAAUACAACCAAUAGCAUCAAAAAAACUGUUUUAAGCAAUGAGCCUGAUGCAACAAAUGAUAACAUAUAGCUUAAAAUGUUGAUAAACUAUUAGGCUAUUUCUUCACAUUAUAAGCGCAGCAAUGAGCACAUGGCAGUAGGCUAUAAGCAUGAAUGUUCCAUUAGCAGGAAAACACCAUUCUCAAAAGUGAUCACAAAUGUGAUUAUGCAUGUAAUGCUUUUAUUAUAAAGGUGCAUUUUUAUGGUGAAAAUAAUCUUCCCCAAAAUUGAAACUCACGCGCUGCAUAUGUAUGCCAUUUAGGCUCUACACCCAUUGUAAAGUGGAUUAAUGUGCUUCAAUUUAAGAAGUUAUUUGGCCACUUUAGUUGUUAUACAAACCUUAUCAGAACAUAUAAGCCUAUGGGCUACGCUACAUGAGGUGUGCGACUAUGAUUUGAAAAGGUCGCCAAAAAAAGAAUGCGCUUUUUGCCUUAAGCUGGGCAUCAUUCACAAGUGAUAAUAUAUAAUUCACAAGUUAUAGGCUAAUAUUGUCACCCAUCACACUAAUAUUGAUUUAAUCUUGACUUUAUAUAUACUAAAUAAUAUACAGUGCAUUCGGAAAAUAUUGAGACCCAUUGACUUUUUCCACAUUGUGUUACGUUACAGCCUAAUUCUACACACAAUACCCCAUAAUGACAAAGCGAAAACAGGUUUUUAGAAAUAUUUGCACAUUUAUACAAAAUAAAAAACAGAAAUACCUUAUGUACAUAAGUAUUCAGACCCUUUGCUAUGAGACUCAAAAUUGAGCUCAGGUGCAUCCUGUUUCCAUUGAUCAUCCUUGAGCUGUUUCUACAACUUGAUUGGAGUCCACCUGUGGUAAAUUCAAUUGAUUGGACAUGAUUUGGAAAGGCACACACCUGUCUAUAUAAGGUCCCACAGUUGACAGUGCAUGUCAGAGCAAAAACCAAGAGGUCAAAGGAAUUGUCCGUAGAGCUCCGAGACAUGGUUGUGUCAAGGCACAGAUCUGGGGAAGGGUACCAAAAAAAUUCUGCAGCAUUGAAGGUCCCCAACAACACAGUGGCCUCUAUCAUUCUUGAAUGGAAGACGUUUGGAACCACCAAGACUCUUCCUAGAGCUGUUCGCCCGGCCAAACUGAGCAAUCGGGUGAGAAGGGCCUUGGUCAGGGAGGUGACCAAGAACCAGAUGAUCACUCUGACAGAGCUCCAGAGUUCUUCUGUGGAGAUGGGAGAACCUUCCAGAAGGACAGCCAUCUCUGCAGCAGUCCACCAAUCAGGCCUUUAGCAGUCCACCAAUCAGACGGAAGCCACUCCUCAGUAAAAGGUACAUGACAAGCGUCACGUCUGGAGGAAACCUGGCACCAUCCCUACGGUGAAGCAUGGGAGUGGCAGCAUCAUGCUGUCGGGAUGUUUUUCAGGGACUGGGAGACUAGUCAGGAUCGAGUGAAAGAUUAACAGAGCAAAGUACUGUAGUGGAAUUUUACUGUGUCUCUUUCUGCUUACAGUGUCUCACACUUAUCAUUCAUGUUUGAACUGUUGCAUAGUUAGAAAUGCGCCUGCCAUAGACAGACAGGGUGUCUGAGGUUUUCUCUCACAAGGUCGGCUCAGCGGGAGUGGAAAUAUUGGCUGAACACACAGACAGUGGUUGCCAGGUGUUCUCCUCCUUUGCAGCCGGUCUCUGGGAGCAAACACUUUGCUGAGAAAGGAUGCACUUGGCUAUCUUUGUGUAACCCAAAGUGAUAGUAUAACAUUGCUGAGGGGCAAGUAUCUCCUCAGAGCUUCUGACUAACUUGUACAUGAAGUGCUGUUUGUCUGUAAUCUCUCUGCUGGCGUGAAUAAACUAAUUCAUUUAAGCUUGACUUUGGGGCCCUUAGUGGUAAUUUCCACGACAGUACAGCAAGAUCCUUGAUGAAAACCUGCUCCAGAGUGCUCAUGUCCUCAGACUGGGGCGAGGGUUCACCUUCCAACAGGACAACAACUCUAAGCACACAGCCAAGACAACGCAGGAGUGGCUUCGGGACAAGUCUCUGAAUGUCCUUGACUGGCCCAGCUAGAGCCCGGACAUGAACCCGAUCGAACAUCUCUGGAGAGACCUGAAAAUAGCUGUGCAGCGACACUCCCCAUCCAACCUGACAGAGCUUGACUCGUGACCGCCGGUGUUGCGGUAAUACGGUCACCGUAACAGCCCUAGGGGUGAGAGUUUGAGGGAGUGGAUUGAAUGCCAAUAAGAGUUUUAGUAUGGCCCUUUGUUCCAGGAGCGGAAGACGUGUGUUUGUGCAGCUUUUGUGUGGUUGUGACUGAGUGGGGCUUUAUGUGUUUCUAGUUAGUAUUUCGCACAUUGUAAUGUAAACACAGACUCAUUGACACACGCACACUUACACAGUGGCAUAUACUGUAUGCAUACACACACAUACACACACACACACAGACACACACACACACUUAUAUGCAUAAAUAUGUAAGUGGAAUAUCGUUAUAGGCAUAUAUUUUUCCAUCUGUCUGUUCAUGUGUGUGUGUUACUCUUUGUCAUUGUAUGGGAUCAAAGAGAGCCUCUGUUCUGACACUCCAAGUGUGUUUGCUGUCAUCUCACAAUGGCUGGGAAGUGUGUGUAUGUGUGUGUGUGUGUGUGUGUGUGUGUGUGUGUGUGUGUGUGUGUGUCAUCGCAUGGUGUGGGUGGAGGGACUGUUUAGCGUCGGCUGUGCUGUGUGUGUGUGUGUGUGUGUGUGUGUGUGUGUGUGUGUGUGUGUGUGUGUGUGUGUGAUCGCAAGGUGUGGGUGAAGGGACUGCCACAGACAAAGUGAUGAGUGUAUAAGAAGGAGAGGAAGAAGAAGAAAAAGGAGGGAGGGAGGAAGGAUGAGGCGGUGGCCCUCCACCUCACACACACUGUCAGGUUCUUGAUCCCGCCUGCUUGUCACUUUAACGACCCGUCAAAUCACACACGCCUCAUCUGCUGCUUGUUCCGCCUCCCGGAGUUAUUGGCGGCUGGGGUUUUAGUGGCCGCAUAAAUUGAAGUGGAUUGUUGUUGUUUUUUAAGAGAGGACAAUGACACGAUCUUCAUCAUCAUCAGUGGGGACUCAGGUGACAUUGUUUUGGUGCGGAGUGCCAGCGGUAAAGUGGAGUUUAUGACAGGGACUUGAAGUGUAUGGGCAGAGACCCGUCAGGAAGACUGGAUCAGAUUACCAUACGAGCAGUGUGUGUGUGUGUGUGUGGCUGCCGUGAUAAAGGAGUGCAGCACAACAGGCAGUUAGGCACACAUGUACAGAUGCACAAACACACGCACACACACACACACACUGCUAUAUAAAGUGGGGGGAAAAAGUAUUUAUUCAGCCACCAAUUGUGCAAGUUCUCCCACUUAAAAAGAUGAGAGGCCUGUAAUUUUCAUCAUAGGUACACGUCAACUAUGACAGACAAAUUGAGGAAAAAAAAUCCAUAAAAUCACAUUGUAGGAUUUUUAAUGAAUUUAUUUGCAAAUGAUGGUGGAAAAUAAGUAUUUGGUCACCUACAAACAAGCAAGAUUUCUGGCUCUCACAGACCUGUAACUUCUUCUUUAAGAGGCUCCUCUGUCCUCCACUCAUUACCUGUAUUAAUGGCACCUGUUUGAACUUGUUAUCAGUAUAAAAGACACCUGUCCACAACCUCAAACAGUCACACUCCAAACUCCACUAUGGCCAAGACCAAAGAGCUGUCAAAGGACACCAGAAACAAAAUUGUAGACCUGCACCAGGCUGGGAAGACUGAAUCUGCAAUAGGUAAGCAGCUUGGUUUGAAGAAAUCAACUAUGGGAGCAAUUAUUAGGAAAUGGAAGACAUACAAGACCACUGAUAAUCUCCCUCGAUCUGGGGCUCCACGCAAGAUCUCACCCUGUGGGGUCAAAUUUUUUAUUUUUUUUUAACCUUUAUUUAACCAGCUAAGCCAGUUGAGAACAAGUUCUCAUUUACAACUGCGACCUGGCCAAGAUAAAGCAAAGCAGUGCGAUAAAAACAACACAGAGUUACAUAUGGGGUAAAAAAACAAAGUCAAAAAUACAACAGAAAAUAUAUAUACAGUGUGUGCAAAUGUAGCAAGUUAUGGAGGUAAGGCAAUAAAUAGGCUAUAGUGCAAAAUAAUUACAAUAGUAUUAACACUGGAAUGCUAGAUGUGCAAGAGAUUAUGUGCAAAUAGAGAUACUGGGGUGCAAAAGAGCAAAAUAAAUAACAAUAUAGGGAUGAGGUAGUUGGGUGGGCUAAAUUCAGAUGGGCUGUGUACAGGUGCAGUGAUCGGUAAGGUGCUCUGACAACUGAUGCUUAAAGUUAGUGAGGGAGAUAAGAGUCUCCAGCUUCAGAGAUUUUUGCAAUUCGUUCCAGUCAUUGGCAGCAGAGAACUGGAAGGAAUGGCGGCCAAAGGAGGUGUUGGCUUUGGGAAUGACCAGUGAGAUAUACCUGCUGGAGCGCAGACUACGGGUGGGUGCUGCUAUGGUGACCAAUGAGCUAAGAUAAGGCGGGGAUUUGCCUAGCAGUGAUUUAUAGAUGGCCUGGAGCCAGUGGGUUUGACGACGAACAUGUAGUGAGGACCAGCCAACAAGAGCGUACAGGUCACAGUGGUGGGUAGUGUAUGGGGCUUUGGAGACAAAACGGAUGGCACUGUGAUAGACUACAUCCAAUUUGCUGAGUAGAGUGUUGGAGGCUAUUUUGUAAAUGACAUCGCCGAAGUCAAGGAUCGGUAGGAUAGUCAGUUUUUACGAGGGCUUGUUUGGCAGCAUGAGUGAAGGAGGCUUUGUUGCGAAAUAGGAAGCCGAUUCUAGAUUCUAGAUUUAACUUUGGGUUAAAAUGGUCACAAGAACGGUGAGCAAAAAUCCCAGAACCACACGGGGGACCUAGUGAAUGACCUGCAGAGAGCUGGGACCAAAGUAAAAAAAGCCUACCAUCAGUAACACACUACGCCGCCAGGGACUCAAAUCCUGCAGUGCUAGAUGUGUCCCCCUGCUUAAGCCAGUACAUGUCCAGGCCCGUCUGAAGUUUGCUAGAGUGCAUUUGGAUGAUCCAGAAGAGGAUUGGGAGAAUGUCAUUUGGUCAGAUGAAACGAAAAUAUUACUUUUUGGUAAAAACUCAACUCGUCGUGUUUGGAGGACAAAGAAUGCUGAGUUGCAUCCAAAGAACACCAUACCUACUGUGAAGCAUGGGGGUGGAACAUCAUGCUUUUGGGCUGUUUUUCUGCAAAGGGACAAGGACGACUGAUCCGUGUAAAGGAAAUAAUUAAUGGGGCCAUGUAUCGUGAGAUUUUGAGUGAAAACCUCCUUCCAUCAGCAAGGGCAUUGAAGAUGAAACGUGGCUGGAUCUUUCAGCAUGACAAUGAUCCCAAACACACCGCCCGGGCAACAAAGGAGUGGCUUCGUAAGAAGCAUUCAAGGUCCUGGAGUGGCCUAGCCAGUCUCCAGAUCUCAAACCCCAUAGAAAAUCUUUGGAGGGAGUUGAAAGUCCGUGUUGCCCAGCGACAGCCCCCAAAACAUCACUGCUCUAGAGGAGAUCUGCAUGGAGGAAUGGGCCAAAAUACCAGCAACAAUGUGUGAAAAACCUUGUGAAGACUUACAGAAACGUUUGACCUGUGUCAUUGCCAACAAAGGGUAUAUAACAAAGUAUUGAGAAACUUUGUUAUUGACCAAAUACUUAUUUUCUACCAUAAUUUGCAAAUAAAUUCAUUAAAAAUCCUACAAUGUGAUUUUCUGGAUUUUUUUUCUUCUCAUUUUGUCUGUCAUAGUUGACGUGUACCUAUGAUGAAAAUUACAGGCCUCUCUCAUCUUUUUAAGUGGGAGAACUUGCACAAUUGGUGGCUGACUAAAUACUUUUUUUUCCCACUGUAUAUUACCAAAAACAGUGUUAUUCAAAUUCAAUGACAGAGAAGUUUUUCUGUCUAAAUGUCAACCAACAGAGACCAGACUAGGGGCUGGAUUUAAUCCUUAUCGCCAAAGUAUCGCGGAAGAUCCACGUUAUAGGUAAAUUUUUAUUUAAAGGCAAUGUUCCCGGCUCAAUCGGAAAUUACCUUUACAUUUUAAUGAAGAUCUUCCGCUAUACGGAUUGAAUCCAGCCCUAGAACCUGGACUGACACGCAUUUUCUUUCUCCUGGUACCUCACAGCAGUUGAGCCACCCCAACGUGAUUAAGUACCUGGACUCGUUCGUCGAGGACAACAAGCUCAACAUCGUACUGGAGCUGGCAGAUGCUGGCGACCUCUCCCAGAUGACCAAGGUGUGUGUGUGAGUGAGUGAGUGAGUGAGUGAGUGAGUGAGUGAGUGAGUGAGGAGUGAGGUUGAGUGAGGUGAGUGAGUGAGUGGAAGUGAGUGAGUGAGUGAGUGAGUGAGUGAGUGAGUGAGAGAGGAGAUCUCUCCUCCUCUCUCGCUCGUCUCUCUCUCUCUCUUCUCUCUCGCUGCUCUCUCUCUCUCUCUCUCUCUUCUCUCUCUCUCUUCGCUCUCUCUCUCUCUACGCUCUCUCUCUCUCUCUCUCCUCCUCCUCUCUCUCUCCUCCUCUCCGAAGCGAGAGAGAGAGAGUGAUUUUUGGGGAUGCAAUUUUUUUGUGGGAUGUUUGUGUGAGAGAGGGAUAGGAAGGAUAGUCCCCCCAACUGGGGGGCUCUGACAUACCCGAACUCUCCUAGCCUCUCUUUGGCUCUAAUCGCCUGCACUGUCAAAAAACGGCGCCCGCGCGCUCUCAUCCCCCAUCACACACACCCUCCACACAAUCUCUCUCCCAUGCCCACCGCCACCUUCCUCUCCUCAUACUUUCCUCAUCUGUUCUCUUUCUCCUUCUUCGUCGUCUCCUCAUCUUUUUUUCUCUAUCCUUUUCUUCUCCUCUUUCCUUCUAUCCUCUGCCUCUCUCUUCCCUCUUGCAUUUUUCUUCUUAUUUGUUCCUAAUCUUUGCAUGUUGUCCGUCUUUGUCCGUCUUCUUCUCCCUCUCAUAUCAUGUCCUUGUCUGUCCUGUCUCCUCUCAUUGCCCCCAAAUCAUUCAUCUUUGAUACUUUCUCUCUCGUCCGUGUCCCUUCCCCCAAUCCUCAUCUCUACUUUUUUCCCCCUUUUCUAACUCUGUUCUUUUCUUCCGCCAUUGUUAUUCGGGCUCUUCUUUUCUCCUAUUCCCUGAUUAAUGUUAUUAUUCUCCCUCUUAAUUCACUCAAGAGGCACUCACUCUCAGUUCACACAGUUCCAUACACAGUUCAAUACAUGCAAAUGUAAUUUCGUGACACCUUUCUCUCUCGCAAAUUCCCAAAAAGUCAAAUCCAAACUUUCCCUUCCCAUCUUCAUUUGACUUUCUCCUGUCCUUUUCUUUAUCAAGGCAUCCAUUAUGACGUAGAAAGAUAUUCCUAAUUCCAACUCUCAACUCAACAAUUGGCAGAUCACAGUCAAAAACACCUCUUGCUGGGGUCAAAAUUUUCAUAGCUAUCAUUAAAAUACACUCUUUAUUCCAAAAAAACUGAAGAAGUUCAGUGGUGGUAAAAAGCGGAAAAGAAAAUAACAUUUUGUUGUUUUGGGGCAUUUAAUUAGCCAUUAUGUUUUAAUUAGGUGCUUGCUCUGGCGCAGGCGGUGUAAACAUCUUUUAGGCUGCCUCUGCCCAAUGGAUUCUCAUUACGCACUCAAACAGAGUAGGGUGGGGGCUAAAUGUUAAUGCACAGAUUAAUAAUUCUUUAGUGUUACACACUAUUUUGGGGGCCUGUCUGACAUUAUCAGGGGUUUUUUGAGAGAGAUCAUGGAGCGGAAGUCUCAUAGGUACACGUCAACUAUGACAGAUAAAUUGAGGGAAAAAAAUCCAGAAAAUCACAUUGUAGGAUUUUUAAUGAAUUUAUUUGCAAAUUAUGGUGGAAAAUAUGUAUUCGGUCACCUACAAACAAGCAAGAUUUCUGGCUCUCACAGACCUGUAACUUCUUCUUUAACAGGCUCCUCUGUCCUCCACUCGUUACCUGUAUUAAAUGCACCCGUUUGAAACUUGUUAUCAGUAUAAAAGACACCUGUCCACAACCUCAAACAGUCACACUCCAAACUCCACUAUGGCCAAGACCAAAGAGCUGUCAAAGGACACCAGAAACAAAAUUGUACACCUGCACCAGGCUGGGAAGACUGAAUCUGCAAUAGGUAAGCAGCUUGGUUUGAAGAAAUCAACUGUGGGAGCAAUUAUUAGGAAAUGGAAGACAUACAAGACCACUGAUAAUCUCCCUCGAUCUGGGGCUCCACGCAAGAUCUCACCCCGUGGGGUCAAAAUUAUCACAAGAACGGUGAGCAAAAAUCCCAGAACCACACGGGGGGACCUAGUGAAUGACCUGUAGAGAGCUGGGACCAAAGUAACAAAGCCUACCAUCAGUAACACACUACGCCCGCCAGGGACUCAAAUCCUGCAGUGCCAGACGUGUCCCCCUGCUUAAGCCAGUACAUGUCCAGGCCCGUCUGAAGUUUGUUAGAGUGCAUUUGGAUGAUCCAGAAGAGGAUUGGGAGAAUGUCAUAUGGUCAGAUGAAACCAAAAUAUAAAUUAUUGGUAAAAACUCAACUCGUUGUGUUUGGAGGACAAAGAAUGCUGAGUUGCAUCCAAAGAACACAAUACCUACUGUGAAGCAUGGGGGUGGAAACAUCAUGUUUUGGGGCUGUUUUUCUGCAAAGGGACCAGGACAACUGAUCCGUGUAAAGGAAAGAAUGAAUGGGGCCAUGUAUCGUGAGAUUUUGAGUGAAAACCUCCUUCCAUCAGCAAGGGCAUUGAAGAUGAAACGUGGCUGGGUCUUUCAGCAUGACAAUGAUCCCAAACACACCACCCGGGCAACGAAGGAGUGGCUUCGUAAGAAGCAUUUCAAGGUCCUGGAGUGGCCUAGCCAGUCUCCAGAUCUCAACCCCAUAGAAAAUCUUUGGAGGGAGUUGAAAGUCCGUGUUGCCCAGCGACAGCCCCAAAACAUCACUGCUCUAGAGGAGAUCUGCAUGGAGGAAUGGGCCAAAAUACCAGCAACAAUGUGUGAAAACCUUGUGAAGACUUACAGAAAACGUUUGACCUGUGUCAUUGCCAACAAAGGGUAUAUAACAAAGUAUUGAGAAACUUUUGUUAUUGACCAAAUACUUAUUUUCUACCAUAAUUUGCAAAUAAAUUCAUUAAAAAUCCUACAAUGUGAUUUUAUGGAUUAUUUUUCUUCUGAUUUUGUCUGUCAUAGUUGACGUGUACCUAUGAUGAAAAUUACAGGCCUCUCUCAUCUUUUUAAGUGGGAGAACUUGCACAAUUGGUGGCUGACUAAAUACUUUUUUUUCCCACUGUAUAUUACCAAAAACAGUGUUAUUCAAAUUCAAUGACAGAGAAGUUUUUCUGUCUAAAUGUCAACCAACAGAGACCAGACUAGGGGCUGGAUUUAAUCCUUAUCGCCAAAGUAUCGCGGAAGAUCCACGUUAUAGGUAAAUUUUUAUUUAAAGGCAAUGUUCCCGGCUCAAUCGGAAAUUACCUUUACAUUUUAAUGAAGAUCUUCCGCUAUACGGAUUGAAUCCAGCCCUAGAACCUGGACUGACACGCAUUUUCUUUCUCCUGGUACCUCACAGCAGUUGAGCCACCCCAACGUGAUUAAGUACCUGGACUCGUUCGUCGAGGACAACAAGCUCAACAUCGUACUGGAGCUGGCAGAUGCUGGCGACCUCUCCCAGAUGACCAAGGUGUGUGUGAGUGAGUGAGUGAGUGAGUGAGUGAGUGAGUGAGUGAGUGAGUGAGUGAGUGAGUGAGUGAGAGAGAGAGAGAGAGAGAGAGAGAGAGAGAGAGAGAGAGAGAGAGAGAGAGAGAGAGAGAGAGAGAGAGAGAGAGAGAGAGAGAGAGAGAGAGAGAGUUUUGGGGAGAUGCAAUUUUUUUGUGGGAUGUGUGUGUGAGAGAGGGAUGAGGAAAGGAGAGUCCCCCAUGCUCUGACAGACACGAACUCUCCAUAGCCUCUCUGUGGCUCUAAUCGCCUGACACUGUCACUCCCCAUCACACACACCCUCCACACAAUCUCUCUCCUCAUCGCUCCACCUUCCUCUCCUCAUGACUUUCCUCAUCUGUUCUCUUCUCCUUCUUCGUCUGUCUCCGCAUCUGUUUUUCUCUACCUCUUCUCAUCUCUCUUUCCUCUCCUCUUGCCUCUCUCUUCCCUCUGCAUUUUCUUCUUAUUUGUUCCUAAUCUUUGCAUGUUGUCCAGUCUUUGUCCGUCUCUCUUCUCCUCUCAUAUCAUGUCCUUGUCUGUCCUGCUCCUCUCAUUGCCCCAAAUCAUUCAUCUUUGAUACUUUCUCCUCGUCCGUGUCCCUUCCCCAAUCCUCAUCUCUACUUUUCCCCCUUUUCUACUCUGUUCUUUUCUUCCGCCAUUGUUAUGUCUGGCUCUUCUUUCUCCCUAUUCCUGAUUAAUUUUUUAUUAUUCUCCCUCUUAAUUCACUCAAGAGGCACUCACUCUUCAGUUCACACAGUUCAUACACAGUUCAUACAUGCAAAUGUAUUUCGGGACACCUUUCUCUCUCUGCAAAGUUCCCAAAAAGUUCAAAUCCAAACUGUUCCCUUCCCCAUCUUCAGUUUGACUUUCUCCCUGUCUUUUCUUUUAUCAAGGCAUCAUUAUGACGUAGAAAGAUAUUCCUAAUUCCAAGCUCUCAACUCAACCAAUUUGCAGAUCACAGUCAAAAACAUCUCUUGCUGGGGGCAAAUUUCAUAGCUAUCAUUAAAAUACACGCUUCAUUCCAAAAAAACUGAAGAAGUUCAGUGGUGGUAAAAAGCGGAAAGAAAAUAAACAUUUGUUGUUUUGGGGCAGUUUAAUUAGCCAGAUUAGUGUUAAUUAGGUGCUUGGCUCUGUGCGCAGGCGGUGUAAACUCUUGUUAGGCUGCCUCUGCCAAAUGGCUUCUCAUUACGCACUCAAACAGAGGUAGGGAGGGGGCUAAAUGGUAAUGCACAGAUUAAUAAUUCUUUAGAUGUUACACACUAUUUUGGGGGCUGUCUGACAUUGAAUCAGGGGUUUUUGAGAGAGAGUGUGUAAGGGGAAUACAGGCUUUCCUUGCAGCUCUGUUUCUAUCUCCCUCUCCUGCAGUCCUUUAGGAAAAAAGAGGAGGCUCAUCCCGGAGAGGACAAUAUGGAAAUAUUCUGUCCAGCUGUGCAGUGCCCUGGAGCACAUGCACUCCCGUAGAGUCAUGGUAAACAACCGGUACCACUCAUUCACUAACUCCUCUUCCUCUCUUCACUUCCUAACUUCUUGGCUUCUUUCUUCUCUCUUUUCUAUCUGCCUAAUCCCUCUUUCCAUUUCUCUCUCUCUUUGAUUCAGUCCCACCUUUCACAUUCUCUCGCACCUAGGCUAUUCAUUUCUCCUCUCUUCUUUUCAUCUCUCAUUCACCUCUCUUUACAUCUUUAUUCCUUCACCUUUCCCUUUCUCUCACUCACACCCUUCUUUCUCUUCCUUCCUCUCUCCUCACUCACUCACCCCCUUCUCAUUCUCCAUCCACUAUUUUUUAUCUCUCUCUCACUACCUCCCCCUUUUCUCUCACUACCUCCCCCUCCCCCACAAAUUUCAGCAAAACCUGCCAACCUUUGCCAACUUUUCUUUAUACAGUAUAUUACAUUUAUUGCCGGCGACAAAGCCUCUACUUUUAUUUCCGCCAACCGACCUAGUCAUGAUUGCGGUUAAAUUCUGAAUGCUUAGUAUGAAAUGUAGCUGUAAUGCUGAGGCGGCAUUACGCUCAGCUCCCAUUACUACUAUCCUCCUGGUAGUUCUAAACUUUGCGACGUAUGUCACUUCACCCAUCCCUUCGCGUAGCCCACCACAUGCACUGUUUUCUUAACCACAACUGGAUGGCUCCAUAAAGAAUUACUGUGGGAAUAAAAUCACUGAAUGACGAAAAUAUUGGAAUAAAGCAGGGUAAUGCAAUUGAAGGCAUCAAAUGAUUGCUUAGGCCUAUUGAAACUCCCAAAGUCAUCCAAUUUAAUACAUUUCAAGCAAUAGCCUACCCGUGUGUGGUCAACUAUUUCAGCACCAUUUCGUGCUGUUUUGGGGACUCGUCUUGAUAAAUCAAUCAAUGUCAGAUUUUUAUUUUCACGAAAUCUCAGUUUGGAUAUUGGUUAAGCUACAUUUAGGCUGUGUAAAUGUUAGCUAAAUUGAGGUGAGUGCGGCUCAUGAUUAUCUUGUCUAGUUGGCUCAUUUAUUAGCACUGAUCAGAAUAUUUUGCCAACACUUUAUUAGUUACAGUAUGUAACUUAUCAGGUGGAUUAUUUUGUUCUUCACUCGCAGUCGCUUAGUAGCCUAGACCUACUCUCGACCAAAAGUCUGUGACUUGUCUUAAUCAAUCAAUGUGAUUUUGUUUAACUGAAUCUCCAUCUGUAUAAUCAGUUAAUUCUUUGGCUGGGUAAAUACAGUGGGGAGAACAAGUAUUUGAUACACUGCCGAUUUUGCAGGUUUUCCUACUUACAAAGCAUGUAGAGGUCUGUAAUUUUUAUCAUAGGUACACAAACUGUGAGAGACGGAAUCUAAAACAAAAAUACAGAAAAUCACAUUGUAUGAUCUUUAAGUAAUUAAUUUGCAUUUUAUUGCAUGACAUAAGUAUUUGAUACAUCAGAAAAGCAGAACUUAAUAUUUGGUACAGAAACCUUUGUUUGCAAUUACAGAGAUCAUACUUUCCUGUAGGUCUUGACCAGGUUUGCAGACACUGCAGCAGGGAUUUUGGCCCAAUCCUCCAUACAGACCUUCUCCAGAUCCUUCAGGUUUCGGGGCUGUCGCUGGGCAAUAUGAACUUUCAGCUUCCUCCAAAGAUUUUCUAUUGGGUUCAGGUCUGGAGACUGGCAAGGCCACUCCAGGAUCUUGAGAUGCUUCUUACGGAGCCACUCCUUAGUUGCCCUGGCUGUGUGUUUUGGGUCGUUGUCAUGCUGGAAGAUCCAGCCACAACCCAUCUUCAAUGAUCUUACUGAGGGAAGGAGGUUGUUGGCCAAGAUCUCGUGAUACAUGGCCCCAUCCAUCCUCCCCUCAAUACGGUGCAGUCGUCUUGUCCCCUUUGCAGAAAAGCAUCCCCAAAGAAUGUUUCCACCUCCAUGCUUCACGGUUGGGAUGGUGUUCUUGGGGGUUGUACUCAUCCUUCUUCUUCCUCCAAACACGGCGAGUGGAGUUUAGACCAAAAAGCUCUAUUUUUGUCUCAUCAGACCACAUAACCUUGUCCCAUUCCUCCUCUGGAUCAUCCAGAUGGUCAUUGGCAAACUUAAGAUGGGCCUGGACAUGCGCUGGCUUGAGCAGGGGGACCUUGCGUGCGCUGCAGUAUUUUAAUCCAUGACGGCGUAGUGUGUUACUAAUGGUUUUCUUUGAGACUGUGUUCCCAGCUCUCUUCAGGUCAUUGACCAGGUCCUGCCGUGUAGUUCUGGGCUGAUCCCUCACCUUCCUCAUGAUCAUUGAUGCCCCACGAGGUGAGAUCUUGCAUGGAGCCCCAGACCGAGGGUGAUUGACCGUCAUCUUGAACUUCUUCCAUUUUCUAAUAAUUGCGCCAACAGUUGUUGCCUUCUCACCAAGCUGCUUGCCUAUUGUCCUGUAGCCCAUCCCAGCCUUGUGCAGGUCUACAAUUUUAUCCCUGAUGUCCUUACACAGCUCUCUGGUCUUGGCCAUUGUGGAGAGGUUGGAGUCUGUUUGAUUGAGUGUGUGGACAGGUGUCUUUUAUACAGGUAACGAGUUCAAACAGGUGCAGUUAAUGAGUGGAGAACAGGAGUGCUUCUUAAAGAACAACUAACAGGUCUGUGAGAGACGGAAUUUUUACUGGUUGGUAGGUGAUCAAAUACUUAUGUCAUGCAAUAAAAUGCAAAUUAAUUACUUAAAAAAUCAUACAAUGUGAUUUUCUGGAUUUUUCACAGUUGAAGUGUACCUAUGAUAAAAAUUACAGACCUCUACAUGCUUUGUAAGUAGGAAAACCUGCAAAAUUGGCAGUGUAUCAAAUACUUGUUCUCCCCACUGUAUGUGUUUGUGUAAGGUGGAGUAAAUAAAACCCUUAAUACGUAUUCCUGCGCCUGUCUAAUCAUUAUACAACAUGACAUAAGCUAAAUAGUUGUAAUUGUUUUUAGAAGUUCAUACAAAGGAUCAUUUUGAUAUUUGAUUUUGAAGACCCCUUGAAGUAUAAAAAAUAAAUAUACACAAAUUAUUUGAUGAACAUUUUUAUUUGUUCUUACUGUUAUUAGCCCAUACAAAUGCAUUGAAUAACAGAUUAACUACAUCGGACAACAGAUAAUAAAGCAAGUUUGUUCUGAAGUGUCUGUCCUAUAUCUGAGAGACAUAAGAAAGAUCAGGAAACAUUUUUUUUUUUGUACAUGUAUUUAAUCCUUUUUUUUUUUGUCACUAAACAAUCUCCAUAUAUACUUCCAUUAAUUUUUUCAACUGGUACCGGGGGACCUUCAGACGAGUCUUGUGAGGCCUGUGGGCAUCUUAGAGCAAAACAACCAAUAUGUACGUGAGAGUCUCAUCUUUCCACUAAGGGGUCAUAUUAACGUGAAUCCCAAAUGGUUCAGACGCUACAGACAGAAGUUGGCAGAUCGGGUGUACCGACUUCAGACGAGUCCCAUCAGGCCUGUAGGCGUCCUAGAGCACUUUAAAAAAUGUUUUUAUUUAAAAAAAGAAACCCCUAAACACACCCCUCCCCUAAUUGGAGUAAAUUAAUGGACAACAAUACUUCCAGCUUAUACAUCCUAUAUACUGUACAUUUUACGGACACAGUAUACUUUACAUUAGUUAUAUUAUUUUAAUGCUAAACUUUUAAACACUUCAAAAUUUGGUGUUUGAGAAACAUGGAUGAACGUCUAAUUCUGACGUCAGACUGUGAGAGCUUGUUGAGGAAAUGUGUUUCCUAGGUAGGUGAGUGAGUUCUCUGCUGGGAGUGAUUCAGGUCAGAGUAGGUACAGGAAACAGAUUGUUGCCAUUACAUCAGCUCCAGCCUUGCCGCAGGUUAAUCUCUCACAGGAAGAGGUGAGGCUGGUUCAGAGGCAGUCAACAACACAAUCACCGGCCGGUCAGAUCGGUGACACUACACUUCCCACUCACACAAUCGAGGGAAUGGUGUUGCCAUAGCCAACUAUACCGGGGACAAGUGCCAACGCAGGGUCCUUAGGUUGAGAAAGACUCACCUAGGAGAUGUAAUUAAUUUAUCAUCUGAAAUGAAUAUAAAACGACCAUGUCAAUGCAGAGAGAUUAGAUGUCUAUACUAUAUGAUAAUCCCAGUAUUGUUAACAGCCAGAGCUCCCUUAAAAGUGAAUUCUAUCUCAAUGGGACUCAUCUGGAUAAAGAAACAAUAAAAAAAUAACUGACUGUCUGUUCUCUCUCUCUGUGACAGACAUCAAGCCAGCCAACGUGUUCAUCACAGCUACAGGAGAGGGACUGGGACGCUUUUUCAGCUCCAAGACCACCGCCGCACACUCCUUAGGUAACACACACACACACAUACUCAGGAACGAAGACACACAGGAAUACAGAAACACAGAAACACACACACAGAUGCACAGAAACAUACACGUGCACAUACACGUACACGCACACACACACACCCUAGGUAACACAUGUACAAACACACAUAGGCACAAAGUGAGAAAAACAAUCAUGCUCAUAUGGUCAUACACUCAUUCUCAAAUGCUCUCUCUCACAGAAAAACACAAACAUUUUGAGAAACACAAACACAUGCAGGGCUGCAUGUACACACAGUGUACAUACAUGCCUGCAUGUACACACAGUGUACACACAAUUGCAACACACACACACACACACACACACACACACACACAAGAUGCCUCCAUCAAUAACUUUGGGUAUAGCCUCAGAGAGCAGCACCUUUUCUAACAAGCCCUUGCCGGUCUCCUUGGCAACCACUCACAGUGCCAUAGCGCCAUUAAGGUCGCUGACCUAUGCAUUUGCAUUUGCAAAUCUAUUCAGUGUCUGCGUCUGCUUUCCCCCUUAAGGUAGAGAUGGAUAGAUGGGAUGGCUUUUACGGGGGGUUGGGGCUGGAGCUGGAAUGAGUGUUGAGCCAAUUAGUGUAUGCUGCCUUACGGUUUUGUGGAUCGACUUUCACCCAAACAAAAGCAAGCAUCAGUGUAUUGUCGCUAGUGAGGUGUUUUACAUAUUGGUAGUGGAUCCUUUACAUUAGCUGCUGGUUUGGGGGCCCUAUUCAAUCACAAACUGGCAAAAUGAUUUGGGGUAUAUAAGUUAAGUGAUUGUUCCUUUGUGAUGUACUUUGUAUUGUCACUUCUCUAUUCCGAUCUCUAUUGGCAAAUCAAUGUGAAUUGCAGUGUAGCUGUAGUCAUCAGUAAAGCUACGUAUUAAUGAUUGCUCAAUGAUUGCUCAAGCCAUGCACAUUUUCAAAUUAAGAUUUCUUGCUAAACAACAGUUGUCUAAAACCCUUUUUGUAUCAGUGGGGACGCCAUACUACAUAUCUCCAAAGAGGAUCCACGAGGGUGGCUACAACUUUAAGUCAUACAUCUGGUCCUUGGGAUUUCUUCUCCAUGAGGUAGGUUUACUGCUUCUAACAUACGACCACACACACUUCUGUCCUGUAAACCAGGGUCUCUAACUUCCAUCCAGGGGCGCUACUAGGUUUGCAGGUACCUGUUGUUGGUAAUUAACUAAUCAUGAUCAUCAGUCUGGAUCAUUGUUAGUUUAAUCAAGUGAGUUAGUGCUGGGCUAGAACACAAUCCUGCACACCCAGUAGCUCUUUAGCAAGCAUUGAAGCAUCUGAAACAUAUAAAAAACCUGAAGCAACACAGUAGUGAUGCUGACACAAACUAUCAAUGAAACCUAAUUCAUCCAAAUCCUGCUUGGCUGGGAGAAACAAAGCUAGAUGGAGAGGCCCACUUUGCCUAAGUAAUUGUAGGGGGAAAACAGAUUAUUACUAUUCCCAAUACAAUUCAGUAGAAAUUAGACUAAACGCAAGUUAAAAUAUAUUUUGGUAUUUUGCAAUGUAUCGUUUACAGGCAGUUAAAGACUUGUGAAUGCUACACAUUCCUAUGAGCUUUAUUAUAUGUGACACCCUGGUUGUGGUUAGGCAUCUAUUGGGCACCUGACAAGCCUCAUCGUAUCACACCUCAGUGCUAUAAAGAGAGUCCAGGGAUUCUUUUUAUUUUUUAUGACUGAAUGAGUUUUCAAACCAAAUAUAGAAAAGUGAGAAUGUUCCUCAUUCUCUUCACUUCAGAUGUUAAAGGUUUUUAUAGUUUCCCUUCCCACAGUUUCUUUGCUGUACGAAUGUGUGUAUCUGUGCACGUAUCCACAUUUCUUGCAUAUGUCUAUAUUCUUGUUUGUGCCUAAAUUUACAUUUUAGUCAUUUAGCAGACGCUCUUAUCCAGAGCGACUUACAGUUAGUGAGUGCAUACAUUUUCAUACUGGCCCCCCAUGGGAAACGAACCCACAACCCUGGCAUUGCAAGCACCAUGCUCUACCAACUGAGCUACCGGGGACUAAAAUGUGUGCGUGUGCACACACGAACAUAACAGAAACAGCUCAUUCAUACAGCUCGCAAUUCCAUUUUUCUGGAGGCUGACGCCGUGUCAGCAUUAUAUUAAACCGUCAAUAACAAUGCUCCUUCAGUCAGUCAUGGACUUGGCAUUCUCUGUUGAUAAAGGACAAGGACUGUGUCCCAAAUAGCACCCUAUUCCCUGUACAGUGCCCUAUGGGCCCUGGACAAAAGUAAUGCACUACAUAGAGAUUAUAAUUCCACUGGAGCAGAGCUAUUUAGACCCAGAUGUUUUUCAAAAGAAAGUACUGGAGGACUAUAGAGACCUGAGAUACAUAAUAAUUAUCUUAUACAUGCAGACACCAUGAUCAUCUUCAAAGACCCAGGCCUAUUGAUCUUCAGAUACACGCACGGUUAGAGCUAAUAUAACCACAAUUAGAGCAGAACAGGGUGUGUGUGCGUGUGUGAGAGAGGGUGAAGACAAUACAUCACUCACACACAUCGUGAAAAGAGACCAUUGGUUUGGUUAAACAGAAGUGUUAACGCCCGCACUCCAAAGCUCUUCUUCUUUCUGUCUGACUGUGUGCUUGCUUUGAGAUUCAUCUUUUUUUGUGUUUUGUUGUUGAGGACAGUGCCAAUGUCAUUGGGGUGAGUUUCAGUCCAUUGACGUGCAGAAAAACGGACUAUUGAUAACAAUUAUCAGAUUCCGCCCUAUUAAAAUAGAACCAUCUCUAACAUGCAGGUCCACUCUGCCGCUCUCACAUUACCAGGCAACAGGGGGAGAAUGAGCGAGAGAUAAGAGAAACAAGAGAUGAGAGAAAAUAAGUAAUGAUGAAAUGAAUGAUGAUUAAAUACAGUGUACAAAACAUUAGGAACACCUUCCUAAUAUUGAGUUGUACCCCCUUUUGCCCUCAGAACAGCCUAAAUUCAAAUUGCCAUCGAUAAAAUGCAAUUGUGUUUGUUGUCCAUUGCUUAUGCCUGCUCAUACCAUAACCCCACCGCCACCGUGAGGCAUCAGCAAACCUCUCGCCCAUAGGACGCCAAACACGCUGUCUGCCAUCUGCCCGGUACAGUUGAAACCGGGAUUCAUCCGUGAAGAGCACACUUCUCCAGCUUACCAGUGCCCAUCGAAGGUGAGCAUUUGCCAUAUGAAGUUGGUUUUCGAUGCCGAACUGCAGUCAGGUCAAGACCCUGGUGAGGACAACGAGCAUGCAGAUGAGCUUCCCUGAGACGGUUUCUGAUAGUUUAUGCAGAAGUUCUUUGGUUGUGCAAACCCACCGUUUCAUCAGCUGUCCAGGUGGCUGGUCUCAGACGAUCCCAACAGGUGAAGAAGCCAGAUGUGGAGGUCCUGGGCUGGCGUGGUUACACAUGGUCUGCGGUUGUGAGGCCGGUAGGACGUACUGCCAAAUUCUCUAAAAUGACGUUGAGGCGGCUUAUGGUAGAGAAAUGAACAUUAAAUUAUCUGGCAACAGCUCUGGUGGACAUUCCUGCAGUCAGCAUGCCAAUUGCACGCUCCCUCAAAUCUUGAGACAUCUGUGGCAUUGUGUUGUGUGACACAACUGUACAUUCUAGUGGCCUUUUAUUGUCCCCAGCACAAGGUGCACCGGUGUAAUUAUUAUGCUGUUUAAUCAGCUUCUUGAUAUAUGCCACACCUGUCAGAUGGAUGGAUUGUCUUGGCAAAGGAGAAAUGCUCACUAACAGGGAUGUAAACAAAUUUGUGCACAAAAUUUGAGAGAAAUAAGCUUUUUGUGCGUAUGUAAAAUUUCUGGGAUCUUUUAUUUCAGCUCAUGAAACAUGGGACCAACACUUUACAUGUUGCAUUUAUAUUUUUGUUCAGUAUAUGUUCACGGACGUGGAAAAGCUUUGAUCGUCAACAUAUUAGCUUUAUUAACAAUUACACUUGUCGUUUGUGUUUGAAUAUUCUUGAUGGACUGUAACGUUUUGUACAAUAACCAAUAGACUGAAUGCCUUCUUGUGUCGUCCACAGUUGCGAGACCUGGUCAGCAUGUGCAUCAGCCCUGACCUGGACCAGUGCCCUGACAUCGUGUUUGUCCUUCAGAUAGCCAAACAGAUGCAGCUGUGGACCUCCAGCAGGAGGCCCCAGAUCCCUCCACUAAGCGCCUCAGUCCUCCAA